CAAGUCACAACACGAGAUAUUUGGAAGGAAACAAUAAGCGUGAGUGACUGAAAGAACAAAAAACUUGACUGUUCCCACGCUUUUUAGCGUACAAUCCGCCACACUCGAUCCCCGCCCACCCACCUCCUCCUCCCGUUAACUAACAAAAACGUCUGUCUUUCUACAUAUUUACCAACUAAUCAGCCGCCGUUACCACCGCCUUCCUCAUACAUACUGCCGCCGUUUCACGUCACUUCAACUAACUCUCUCUCUCUUUCUGUUUCUCUCUCUCUUAUCGGUGUCUCUAUCUGCGGCACCGUACCGAAUUCGAUACUCCAAGAAAGUGAAACGUUCCGUUUAAUUUGGAUUGGAUCUCAGAAAGUGAUAUACAUUUUGCUUUUUUCUCACCUCAGAGGUAAUCUAGGUGGGAAUUGUCUGCGUCUUCAAUAGAAUGCAAGGAGAUGGAUUAUUAGUUCAAGAAGAUGAGAGGAAUAGAAGUUUAGAGCCUGAGACCUCUGAGGAUGAGUGGCGCAAGUCUCGAGCUAGAUCUCUUAGGAGGAGAGCAAUGACUGCUUCAACGAGACUCACUUAUAGUCUCCGGAAGCGUAAUAAACGUGUAGCGGAUUAUCAAUUUGAUUCAAUUAUUAUAGAAGAUGUUCGUGAUGCCAAAGAGGAAGAAGCUGUGAAUUCAUUUCGCAUGGCUCUACUUACAAGAGAUCUGCUUCUAGAUUCCCAUGAUAAUUAUCACACAAUGCUGAGGUUUCUGAAGGCCAGAAAGUUUGACAUUGAUAAAACAGUCCAGAUGUGGGCAGAUAUGCUUCAUUGGAGAAAGGAGUAUGGAGUAGAUUCUAUUUUACAGGAUUUCAUAUAUAAGGAGUAUGAAGACGUUCAGCGUUAUUACCCUCAUGGUAUGCAUGGUGUGGACAAAGAGGGGCGACCAGUUUAUAUUGAGAGACUUGGCCAAGUUGAACCCAACAAAUUGAUGAAUGUCACCACAAUAGAUCGAUUUUUAAAAUAUCAUGUUCAAGGAUUUGAGAAAAUGUUUAAAGUGAAAUUCCCAGCAUGUUCUAUAGCAGCAAAGCGGCACAUAGAUAAAACAACAACAAUAAUUGAUGUGCACGGCGUGGUAAAUUCUAUGCUUAAAACAAUAUUUCAGAAUAGCUUAAAUAACAAUCUGUGGAAAUCAAAGUUUAUUGCUACUUUAUAUAUUUUGCAGAAUUGGUUGAGCUUUAGCAAAAUUGCAAAUGAACUUGUUAUGCGCAUGCAAAAAAUUGAUGGUGAUAACUACCCUGAGACAUUAAACCAGAUGUUCAUUGUUAAUGCUGGUAGUGGAUUCAAGCUAAUAUGGAAUACAGCAAAAGGAUUUCUUGAUCCAAGGACCACAGCCAAAAUAAAUGUUUUGGGCAACAAGUUUCAGAGCAGAUUGUUAGAGAUUAUAGACUCAUGCCAACUUCCUGAUUUUCUCGGUGGAACUUGUUCAUGCCCAAAUGAUGGAGGAUGUCUUCGAUCUAACAAGGGACCUUGGAAUGAUCCUGACAUUUUGAAAUUGUUAAAUUCUAGAGAAGCAACAAAGCCAACGAUAUUUGGAAGUUCUUCUGUUGCUGAUAGAUUAGACGCCGAGUCAUAUGCUAGCAUGGUCACUCAUAAAUUGGUUACAAGCACUGAAAUAUCUGAACCUGGACCAACGUCAGAAGCAACAUUGAUUCCUUCUACCUUUAUGCAAUCAGUUCCUUCUAGUGAGAAUAAAAGGAUGAGAGGCCGUGGACCUAUCUGCAACCUAGUUGAGCCAAACAAUGAUGCCAAAGAAGUGGGUGAUGAUGAUUUACCAAGUGGUUCAAGCAACAAUCAUUCAAGAAGACGACCAAAUAAGCUAAUUUCCUAUAUCACUAGUACAUUGGAUCUAGUCAUAGUCAAAGUGUUAGCUUGUAUAUAUUUAUUAUUUGCAGCACUGAGGAAUUUUUUUGUGGUUCGCUCUGCCAACAACGAACCAGGAAGCCAUCAGAAAAUCCAGCUAGUGGAAUCCAGCUCUCUGCAACAAUUAAUCACUCCGGCAAUAAAGGAGCCAAUUUGGCAGAGGUUGCGGGAUUUGGAGGCAGUAGUGACUGAGAUGGCUAAUAAACCUAGAACAAUUCCUCCUGAGAAAGAGGAUAUUCUUCAAGAGUCGUUGAGUCGUAUAAAAGGAAUAGAAUAUGACUUGCAAAAGACAAGAAAGGCACUGCUUGCAACUGCUUCGAAGCAAGCUGAGCUUGCUGAGUCACUGGAAAACUUAAAGGAUAAUAAUUUUGAUGGGACAAAAUCAUGUUGGCGUAAAAAUAGUAAACGAUAUCCCCCUGGAAGAUGAGCAUACCUCUUUACAGCAUCAGUUUGCGAAACUUGCCAGUAUAUUGUUUUUGAUACUAUGCGGCUGAAUUACCACCGGAUCUAAUAAACUACUCUUGACUUAUAUAAAGGAUAAAGGAUUUACUCUCAUAGGUGACUUUACUUCUGUGCUAUAUGGACGCAAUUUUGUACUUACACACACACCCUGAAAGAAAUGGAAGUAUCUUGCAAUACCCAUUCUUUUCAGGUUUGAGGAUGGUAUACGGGGAGUCGACACCCCCAAUCUAUUCAAGGCAGCAAGAAGUUUUUAUGAGGACUCAGGACUUGGUUCUUUCUCUCAAUAGGUAUUAUUGUGUCAACCACAUUAUUUUCUUACUACAUUUCCUGUACAGAGAGUAUAUAGCUACAAAAAAUGCUACUCAAAUUCAGAUGUAUUUAUAUUAAUACUAGUAGCAUUUAUGCACAAAAGGGAAACUUUUUCAGGUGAUACAUAAUACAUAGCGAGUGUUUUACACCAUGGACUUGAUGAAUAUAUAAUUGAUUGGAUGUCACUUUUUAAUUUAUCUCAACAUCCAAAACUUUGUUAUAAUUGUGUUCA